AUGGCGAUAUUGCCCAACUCGUUCCAAUUUACUUCGGUGUUUCCUGUUAUUCCUCAACAAACCAAUUUCUUAACGAUUUCAAUCUUUUCCUCAACAACAAAACAUGCAGUGGCAACAAUUCAAGAAGACUUAAAACACCAACUGAGCCUCCAAAUUCGUGUCGAGUCUGUAAAAGCAAAUUUCACUCAACACCUGAACUUGUCGGAGUUUGACAACGGACAAGCGUUUUGCUCGAUAGACAACCACGGACAGGACGUUAUCGUCUUGUUUGAUAAUUACAAUUACUUUUCGUACACGAUUUCAAGAAACCCUGUACACAACCCUACCCUCCGCUCGAUCAAAGUGCAAAAACAAAACAAGUUGGGGAGCGUCACUUGCUUCACAUUGAUCUCGCAUUUUGGAUUGCCGAUUGGGGUUUUUGGAACGAGUGGAGGACAAGUUGGACUGUUCAAUAUCAACACGGGGAGUUUGAUAGAGGUCUAUCAGAGUGAGAAACGCGCGAUAGAGCAAGUGAAAAGCUGUGGGUCAUACAUCUUCUUUAAAAACAACACGAAGCUGAUGUAUAUUAAAAUGGGUGAGAGUGACGAGAUUCGACUUGGGCAACAAAAAGAAGUUGGGAUGUGCGACAUGUUUUAUGUGAAUGGGAACACGGUUGGAGUGAAUUACAAUAACAAGUUGCAAAUUCUCGAGAUCAGUAAUAAUACACUGGCGCCAGUUGCUGUUAAAGAGCAGGACUUUGGGAAUCGGAUCUUCUCGAAAAACAUGUCCAUCUCUGCGUGUGCCGCAGGGGAACUGUUCUUUCUUUUCGAUUCCAAAGUGCUGAGUAUUUUAAUAGGGCAGAACGUCUUGUAUUCUAAUAAAUUAAUAAUUAAACCUAAAGAAAUAAUACCAUACAGUUUUCCGUGUGUCCAUGGAAAAAAGAUGAUGGAAGGGGUGGUUGUGUGGGACGAAAGCAAUAUCAUAGACGUGAGAACGGUUGAUACAUUAGAGCAUUUGGUGACGCAACAAUUGUGUAUAGUAGAUGACGCCGACAAAAAUGUGAAACUCUGUGAAUUACUGAGAAGCUAUGACUGUUCGAAAGAUGUUGUUUCUGAAAUUGCCAAAAAUGUGGUGAAGGUGUCACCAAUGAAAGCGUAUAAAUUGCUUGAAACAUUCAACGUCUUUGACACGGAAAUAUAUCAAACUAUAUUUUAUUCACAUCGACUCGACCUUAAAGAGUAUGAGCAAAUCAUAAAAACACUCGACAAACUCGCAGAGGAAAAUGCUAAAGUCGCGGACUUGGUUGUGUGUUUGUACAUUGAUAAGGAUUAUUACUUUAACACAAUUGAUGAUCCACUCUUCAUCAAUUUCCUAAACCAAAGAUUGCUCUAUGACAGAAAAAAGGCGAUGUUAAGACUAGCAGAACAUCCAUAUCUCUUCUGGAAAUAUGUUCUUGAGGUUUGUCUCCAUUAA